AUGGACGGCGGCGCGUUGUCCCGGCCCGCGCCCCUCGCGACCAGCGUCCCAGGCAACCGCUGCGCUCGGCAGCGGUCCGCGUCCCCUGAGCUGCUGCGCUGCCGCCGCCGGCGGCCAGGCUCGCGAGAGGACACCGGGAGCUGUGCGGCGGCCGUGGCGCGGCGCAACGAGCGCGAGCGCAACCGCGUGAAGCUGGUCAACUUGGGCUUCCAGGCGUUGCGGCAGCACGUGCCGCACGGCGGCGCCAGCAAGAAGCUGAGCAAGGUGGAGACCCUGCGCUCGGCCGUGGAAUACAUCCGCGCGUUGCAGCGCCUGCUGGCCGAGCACGACGCCGUGCGCGCUGCGCUGGCGGGGGGGCUGCUGGCCCCGGUUGCAAGACCUCUCGCGCUCCGUGCGCCGCCGGAGACCCCGGCGGCAGCUGCAGCCUCCCCCUCCGACUCUUCUUCGUCCCCGGGCCGCGGAGGUAGCUCCGAGCCGGGCUCCCCGCGCUCUGCGUGCUCCUCGGACGACAGCGGCUGCGAGGGCGCACUGAGCUCCGCCGAGCGCGAACUGCUGGAAUUCUCCAGCUGGUUAGGGGGCUACUGA